AUAAAGUAAGUUCUUUUAUUAAAGUGAAUUUAAUAUUUCUGUGGUAUUCUCUAACAUGUUCAUCCAUUUAGGAUACCAUAAGCCACAUGAACCACAAGAGGACAUCAUCAAUUAUGGAUAAGAAAAGCAACACAAAAAAGAUGAACUAAACCUGAAGCGUGGUGAAUAGCAUAAGGACCAAACUUGUAACAUACUUGUUUACAUUUUUUACGUUAUCUUGUUCUCUUUGAACGAAGAUAACCCGUCCUCAUAAAUUCCCCAAACUUCCCCUGUCCAAAACGUUACUUCAACUCUUGAAAUCUCUCAUCCUCAUCACUGCAUAUGUAGUAAUCCAAAAGCAACAUCAAAAUCCACUUGCAGAAGAAUUAUCAGAUUCACUUUCAACUGACCUCGAUUUGCGCCAAUAAUUCAUUCAAAUCGAGUAUUAUUAUUAUUCCAUAAUAAAUUCCUGAUGACGAGUAAUUUCCUCUUAGAUCUAAACAAAAUAAUGACAACACAACCUCACCAUCACCAAGAUCAAAACUCUAGGGUUUUCCACGAGUUAUCCGCUUUAAUCCUCAACUUAAUCCGCCAUCCUACGCCGGUUCACUUUUCCGGCGACCCUACGGUGGCCUCACGGCGGCAUCCGCGGCCGGCGCCGCUCUCGCAGAUUACUCCGGCCGGAUUCGCGUCUAUGUUGUUAGGUAUAUCGUUGGCGUUGAUGUUGUGUGGCUCGAUAACGUUUAUUAUAGGGUUUUUGUUGAUGCCGUGGGUUCUUGGAUUGGUUAUGUUGUUUUAUGUGGCUGGAAUUGUUUCGAGUUUGUCGGUUCUCGGUCGGGCGAUUUUCGGUCAUACUUUGCCUCCAUAUUCCCCUAGAAAGAGCGUUCCUGCAUGGAAACUGUCUGUGAAAAGUGAGGGAGAUAAUUGGACUGCCCAGAAGACAGUCGAUGAACACCAUGAAUGUUGUAUCUGACCAGGGUUGCAGAAGGUAAAUGGAAUGAACCUGAACUUCUGAUGUACUACCGAGGAUCUUUGAAUGUUACGGAUUAUUUAUAAAAACUCAUACAAUACGUAGCCUUAUUAAGUUUUUUAGAUUAGAAAGUUGGUUGUUUGUGGGUGUGCAUUCUUUACUUGAGGAAGCAUAUGGUGGUGUCCAGGGUGAAUUGUGGUUGGUGCUUAUGAAUUAUGUCUGUAGAAGCUUAAACAUUCUGCUGCUGCUGCUGCUGCUAUUAUGGACUUGAGUCUUCUCUUUCUUACUUGUAUUCAUAACUCUUGAUCUGCAAUUGAUUUGUUGUAUUUUAUACACAUUCUUUAUGGUUUAGUGUUGAAUAUGUAUGUUAAGUUGUGUUAUAAACUGCAAUACUUGAAUUA